AUGUCGGCCCAUACCCCCGAUACCGACAACAAUCACACUUCCACACACCAUGACGGAGGAUCACGCGGUGGCCACCAUGGUAGCGAACGUAGAAGACCUAUCAGGGAACUGAGUGAAGGACUUCUUGCCCCGCCCAUAAAGACCAUAGAUAAGCCAGAAGCCACAGGAGCGGACAUUGUACUCAAGGAUCUCACCUAUCUUGGCUCGUACAACUGGACGGACGCAGAGAAACCGACAAUCAUUGUCCCAGGAUCGCCGCCUAUGUGGCGUGAUAGACCGUUGCCAUUCACAAUCGUCCCAGACAAAGGGCUGCAGUUCGUCGACCAAAAUGCGUUUCGGAUGCCCUCCUCUCCACUAUAUCCACUGUUCCGCGCAGUUGAUGUAGUCGCAGAGGAGAACGGAGGGAGCGUUGAUUGGCCGGAGGUCGACUUUGUCACUGACCGAAAUGGACUGCGCAAGCUGCUGAGGUGGAUCACCAACAAAGCGGAGCCGUUCAGGAUUGACAUGCGGCUCGCGGGCAGACGAACGAUCCUGCUCUCGAGGUGGGAGAAGCGCGCGCGCGAUUUCGGUGGAUUGAUCAUCGUUGUGCGCUUUGAGGUAGACGCCUGCAUCUCGGAGAGCACUUCUUCUCACACGGCCACAGCUUCUGAUGUCGACAGUCUAACGCAGACGCUCUCGGGUAUGAGUGUUGGCACCGCCGCUUCGACUACUUCGACCGAGCUCGAUGUCACCAACGCUGGCCAGCAGGUGCCCCACACCUCCAUCAUCGAGGUGGCCACGCGGUCGGCAGGUCGCCCGAACAACUGGCGCGACAAGCAUGCACAGAUGUACUUUUCGCAGACGCCGCACCAUUAUCUGGCCACGCACCGGGAUGGAGAAUUCUACGAAAUUACGAAGCACCAACUCGACAGUGAAGAGAUGAAGCUAUUGCAGGUGAAAGCGCAGGACGGACUCAGUCAGUUGAGAGCGCUGCUGGAGACAAUUCAAGAUCUUCUGGUUGAGCACGGCUCGACGACGAUGUUGAGCCUCGUCUACCAAGACAAGAAAUUGGAGGUAUUCAAGAGAAACGACGAGCAGAGCAUCAUACCUGACGAUGUUCUUGCACGAUUCAAUGCAUAG